AUGAUUCAGUACGGGAUUCAGAACGCGAUCUUGGAGUGUGAUCUGGCGGCGCCGUACAUUAACUGGAACAAGUACUCCACGGAGGAUUUCUGUGCGCUGGUAGAGAGCCGCUGCAGGUGGGUGGCGGCCAAUCUGUACGCGGGCCGCGCUACUCAGCCCACCAGCUACAUUCACCUGAGGGAUUUCGCCACCGCCAUGCAGGUGGCUCCCAGCCGGGUUUUGGAGCUGGUGGAGUACCUGGGGCGCUUGGAGCCCGGCAUCAGACCUAAGGGCAUCCUGCUGCACGAGUCAGCGAGCGGCCACUUCCCUUUCGAAGCGGCCCCCUGCGUGGCAGCCGUCCGCGCCGUCAUGGACGGGGUUGGCUGGACGGGGACGGGGACGGGGGAGCAAGACAAUGAAAAUCAGGGCCAGGCGAAUCCGCGAGGAGGACGUGACAGCAGGAGCAGCAGUGGCAGCAGCAGUGGCAGCAGCAGCAGCAGUGGCUUUGUCGAUGGUGCGCUGCUAGUCCAUGUGACUGCGGGUUACGGUCUGGCGCAUGCCACGGUGCUCGAGUGUUUGGCUGCGGGUUGCACCGGCGUCAUGGCAUCCCUAUGCGAGGAGGCCGAGCCCACUUCCAGCCAUGCGUCCUCGCUCCUUGAUCUUCUCAACCUAUCCAGAUUAGGCAACCCACAUGUGGCCGCCCAGUUCGACAUGGAGCAGCUCCGCAGCGUGGCGCGGCAAGUGUCGGCGGCGGUACGGCGGGCGGAGCAGAAGCGACACGAGCAACAGCUGCUGCAGCAGCAGCAGGAGGAGGAGGAGCUGGAGGAAGAGAAGCUGCAGCGGGAAGCUGCUGCUGCUGCUGCAGCUGCUGCUCUCAGCCAGCAGCGCCAGCCGCUCAUUCUGGGCCAUGCCUAA